AGGGCCAUGGGCUACGCUCACCGACUCCUCUUGCAUCCCUGAAGUAGUAGUAAACAUUAGUAUAAGAAGUUGUACCUUCUAGCUCUACUAGCGACAUCUGUGCUUAUUACACGAGAAGAACCAGCAAUUCGUAUUCAGAAUUGGCGGGUGGUUGUAUACUUUACUUAUUGCGACAAAGCAUGUUGAUGAUCCAUUGAGUGUCUGUGCCUUUCAACUGCGUCCCCGUGACAUUAACAUUUCAAAAAAAUUCUACCACGACGAAGAUGUGAGUCAGAAUCUAUCAUACUCGAACUAUGGCCUUCUAGGUGGUCUAGAACGCGCACCCAACUACCCAAACCAUGGCUCCUUCAUCUCUCCGAGAAUCAGAUACUCAGGCCCCGCCUGGCCCUUUGUGGGGACGGUUUUUGAAAACAUGCGAAGAAAUGUAUCCAAGCAGGCUGCAUCAACAGCCGGACGACACGAGGACUGGCAAGAAUGAUGACGCCGCAGACGAAAGCACUGACAACUCUACUUCGAAAGCUCGCGAUCACUACUUCGCGGGUGUUGCCCAUAAAAACGAUGAUACCGAAGCAGACGAACCCAUAGCGCUGAUUGACGCGGCGUCGCAGCCUUUUGCGGUUUCCUAUUCGUAUCUGGAGGUGAAGCAAAUGGCGACGUCCUUGGGAAAGCACCUUCUUUCAAACGCGUUCUUCUUGCGCGACCAGGCGGGCAAGGGAGAUCAUUUGGACCGAAUGAAGAACAAAAAGAUGCACCAAAGACAAACGAGUGCAGGAUCAAGCUGUUCCAAAAUAAUCACUUUUGGCGUGCUCGCCGACGAGGGGGUCGUUGUGCCGGUGUCCCAGCUGGCCGCCGCGAAAAUCAACGCGGUGUUUGUGCCGCUAGACCCAACGUACCCGGUUUCCAGACUGAUCACCAUGCUGCAGGAUUGCGCCUUGCUGGUGUACGAUGCAAAAUACGAGGCUGUGGUCGAAAACCUGCUGCAAGCGGCUGAAAAAAUGGAACAGAAGGCGGUUAUCACUGAGAAAACGGAAACCGAGCCGAACAGGGCGGCUAUGGAACGCGGUACUUGCGAACAGCUCGAAGAUGAGGCUGAAAGCCGACGAGAGCAGCGAAAGGAGGAGCGCGAACGCGGCAUAGGUCGUGCAAAUAGAGGUAGGUCCUCUACAUUGUCUUCUUUCGCGAAUAUCGAUUGGGCCAAGGCGAGUCCAACCAUCAGCCUGCGACCUGCAGCGGAGCGAGGCCAUAUGGUCAACAUUCCCGGCGAGAAAGAUGAAGUCGAACUUGAUUUAUCUCGCCAAAGAAGCAGUACGUCCUGCGUCGCAAAGAAGACGGAGAACUCGCUUCUAAUGCAGAUUUGGGCACGACACCGGGAUGGAGAUGUGCCGAGCGAUGGCCGAGGAUCAUCAGGUGCAACACGUAGGAUGAAAAGUUUAGGAACAAGCGAAUUGUUGCUCGAGGAAGACCUUUUGGUAUGCAGAAAUGGCCUGGCAGAAAUUUCGAGGAAUGUGGAUGGCGACCGGGUUCUGCAAGAUUACCUGCAGGAACGUCUCAAUAUCGACGCCACUGAGAAGAUCUUGGCGGAGGCGAGUGACAUGAUCACGAUUGGGGAGAAUGAUGAAGCUCCUAUUUUCAGUACCCCUGGUACCCACGGGCACCCAUCGUGGUGCAGCGAAUCUGACCCGCUGCCUCUGUACCAGGUUUACACAAGUGGGUCCACCGGCGUGCCGAAAGCGGUGGUGGGAACGCAGUUUGCGCUGGAUGCUUACCUCUUCCAAGGGACAUGGGCAAAUGAGGACGAGAGGAAAAGCGACGUUUUAUAUCGAAAGAGAGGGACGACGUACCAUCGGGGGCUUCAAGCGCCACGAGGGCGAGGAAUUGAGAGCGACCAGCGUGAAGUAUGUGUCGCAGAAAAUGGAAAAAUAAACGAAACAAAAACGACCCGUGCCGACGUCGUUCUUUUGUGCAGCGCUGUUACCUGGGACCCCUCCAUUUCCGAUGUCUUUGGAACACUGCUGUACGGCGCAACCCUGGUCCUGCCAGCAAGGGCGGAGUUGGUAUCCGACCUGCGAGGCUGCAUCGAGAAAUUCGGCGUGACCCACGUUCUGGCCACCCCGGCACUGUGGAAGCUCCUGAGGAGGUCGUCGUGCUCUGAGAAGCACGAGGACCACGAGAUGGUCUGCAGUUCGCUGCGCAUGCUCUUGCUCGGUGGUGAAUCGUGGCGAAAGGAGGAUAUCUUCGUGCCGAAAAAUCUCCGCGCGCUGCAUAACAUCUACGGCGUGACGGAAGCGACGGUGUAUCAGGCGGUCUCGAAAAACCUCCUGUUGCUAGACGGCCGCGAUACAGCAUCUGCGCAAAAGAAAUCGCAGCUGUUGUACCCACUACGGGGAAACCACACUAUGUUUAAAGCCGUCAAAGAUGCCGGGACUGGGGAGUUGCAACUGUUGAUUGGCGGCGCGCAGGUACUGUCGUACGCCGCUGCUCAGAGUGAACAUGCACCAAAAACUACGCAAGCCGCAUGGUCCGCGCACGGUUUUUUCAGCGAGCCAAAGAACCAAGCAGCUGGUUUGGCCACUUCUGGAGCUAGUGCACGAGGACUUCUAGUACCGGCAGAAGCGUCUGUAUCAAAAUGGUUUCGUAGCGGAGAUGCGGUGGAAGUACUCUCAGUUUCCUCGGCCGCUUCAGAUGAGCACAAUCACGAAGUGAACAUGACUACAGAUGCUUUUCGGAUUUGCGGCCGUUUGGAUCGGCAGGUCAAGCUGAAUGGGUUUCGGGUCGAAUUGGGUGAGGUAGAAGCAGUUGUCAGCGAAAUUGCGACAUGUUGCAUCUGCACGGUGGUUCAAGAGGAGAUUUUUAGUUCCGAAAUGUUCACGACUGGCAAGAACAUCGACGGAGCAACUGACACGGCUACCGCUUCCAUCGCCAACGAGAAAGGGGGUCCAGAAGUGAAGACUCCUGUGCUGACUCAGGUCAGUGUUAGUAAACAACAGGAUGAAGCUCCGGCAAGUGCUCCUCCUUUGCGAACCCGAACGAAGAAGUCGCUCGUGGCCAUUGUGUACGAGGAAACGAGAAACACGCUGAGAAAUCCUGCAGACCAGUCUGCAGGAAAAGUGGGUCCUCUUGAUAAAAAUUAUGAUGCCAUGACUUCCUCGUCCCCAACCUCCGACUUCAUCAUCGCUGUGCGUGCUUUCUGCGAGUCAAAACUGCCCCGACACGCCGUUCCAGCCCGGUUUUUGGAGCUGCGAGGAGCCCUGCCCAUGACAACCUCGGGGAAAAUUGAUCGCUUGCGGGUGUUGGAAGCCAUGAAGAGGAGAAAAGAAAGAGAAGUGAUCGAGGGCCAUUCCAGCUACGAUUCGAAAGUAGAUGAGAGCGACCUAGAGCAUCUUUUUACACUCGUUGCUCCCACGACCAGCUUGAGCGCAGCGGAUGCGGAAAGUGAUGAGGCUGUGCUUGAUAGUGCGCAGCAACAACACGACGGGGAGAGGAAAAACCAUCUAGCCGGGGCCACACCGACGUCACCAGGGACGACGCGACCACCACGACCAGUCCUCAUUGCCACUCCAACCGAGCAAAAGCUGCAACUUCUCUGGUCCGAAGUUCUCCAUCUGAAGCCAGCCGCCAUCACGAACAAGAGCCAUUUCUUCGAGCUCGGGGGUACGUCCGCGAACGCCGUGGAGAUGGUCCGGAGGCUGGAGGAAGAAAAAGUUGCAGCACGGGGCUACGAAAACGCCGAAGCGAUGCACCGGAAACUCUGCGGGUUGAUCCGGAAACCGAGAUUGAGGGAGUACGCAGCGUAUUUGGACUGGACGGAACAGCAGACGGUGUUGAAUACUAACAAAUAUAUCACGUCGUCAUCAAAUAACGAGGGUUUUUAUGUCGAUAAUCUCAAAGUAGAAAAUAAGUACGAGAACUACACAACUACAACCGAAGAAGAAGUUCUGUACAGUAGUUUCCAACGGGGCGACAUUCUUGUGGCGAAGAUCCUGUUGCAGGCGAACGUUGUGGACCCGAACGGCGGGUUUGACAAGAAGUACCGAGGCAGGACACCGCUAUUGCGGUUGCUGGCUGGAAGUGACGGCGCCGGGGGCAUCAACGCCAUAAACAACGAUCUUGCGCAACAAAAACUAAAAGAGAGCAUGCAGCGAGAGCUGGCUCGGCUUCUUCUAGAGGCGAAAGCCGACAUCAACCUGGCAGACGGGAACGGACAAACUCCCGUGCAUUUGAUAGCGGGGAGCAAGGCGUUUGAUCGACGCGAGGAUAGAGUGGAACGUCAGACGUUCUUUAAGAGGAUAGUGACGGAUUACAAUGGAAUUCUGCUCGCGAAAGACGCGAACCACCAGAGUGUGUUGUUCUACGCCGUGAUCGGCGGGAACCUGAAUGUUUUGCGGUACCUACUGGAGGAACAGACAGCGACAGUUCCUACAUCAACAUCAUAUUUGUCUGCGCUUUCGUCAACUAACAAGAAAGCGCCAAGUGGACGACGAGCAUCAAAUGAAACGCAAAUGGCCAAUACGACAACAUCAAAAAGCAACAAGCUCCUCUCCGUUACCCAUUUGGACCGGUGGGGGAAAUCUGUCUUGCAUUACGCGGUUGAGAAGCAAAACACCGCAAUGGUGAGGCUCUUGCUGGAAAACCCCUUGCUCCAGAGCAACUUCAAGCCUCUCCAACGGGCGCACCGCCGGCGGAACGAUAUGCUGGAGUACUUGCCGCCGGUCAGUGUCGCGGUGAGGGAUCGGAACGUCGAGAUGCUGAAGCUGCUGAUGAAGACAAGGAGAGCUACGCCGGUAGUGGUUGAUGAACAAACUGAAACAGGUGACGAAGUAGAUCAAGAGAAUCCUUCCAAUAGAAGUAUAGACCGACUAAACUUAGCAAAGAACCGCGACGAUGAGGGGCGUACCUGCUUGCACGAGAUUUGCCGGUCCGCCUUAGAGCAGCUAGAUGAGCGAACAGUUGGAAGGAGUGACAGUAACGGCAAGCAACACAUCAACACGGCAAAAUUUGACGCAAAAGCUUUCGAAAUUUUCCGGUUGCUGGUGGAGUACGAGAAUUUUGCGCCACAGUUUCUCGACGCGGUGGAUAAGGAGUUGCGGACGGUUCUCUUCUACUUGAUUCCCGGUAAUAGGAAUAGAAGUAGCGGAGAAGAGCAGCAGAAGGAGGAGAACCCGUUUGUAAGAAAAGCAGCUGAUCUGUUGCUGAAGCACCAGGCAAGGGUAAACAUGCACGACCGAGAGGGCCGGAACUACUUAGAGUACCACGAGUUUGUUUGUUCGAAGUUGAAAGCGGACGAUCAUAAUUUUUCAGGGACCUCAAGAACCGAGAAUCAGCAUAGGGACAAUCUUGUUCAUGAAGAGUAUCCUCUACUCUCCGGCGACUUCUCUCCGGCAUCAAGGGUCUCCUGUCGUACACCAGAAAUAUCUUCCGUCGUACAACCUCCUACGGGAGCUGGGACAUACGGCGCUGCACGACAACAACACAAGGAUGACGAUGACGACUCAAAAAUGAACACCAGUGUCAAAAAAUCGCAAGCAGAAGCACAUGCACCUCUUCUCCUCCAGAAGAAAGGCCGGUUUCAAAUUGACGUCGACAUCCAACAGGCGGAUCACAAGUUGAAAAAGCUGCAUAGCAAAAAGAACCAGUGUUUCCGCUGUUUGGAGUUUGGGCAUAGCUACCGAGAGUGUCUAAACGAACCGAAGUGUCGGGUCUGUGGGGAGAACCACGAGACCAAAGACCAUCAUUUACACGUAAAGGUGGUUUCUUUGUCGGAUGCCGAAGAUUCCACCGCGGAGCCGUCGAGUGGGAGGCAUGGAGACGAGAAGUGAAUGCGAAAGAAUAAGAAACGCAUGUUUCGAUUUGCAGCUGCUCUCCUCUUGUUCUAGUUCUAGAUCAACACUCCUGGAGAUGAAAUUGCUGAUCGCGAGAAUCGAAUUCUAUCAGUUUCUCUUCCACGACACGAGGGGUAUUGUUGCGCUGCCCUACUUUCAACACUGCUUGCGACAAGCGACCUAGUAAAUCGGACUACAGCUGUAGCGCUAGCGAAAGCAUAUGCACAGUAGCGCCACAACUUCUUCCGACGAAGUCGAAGAUAUAGAAGUAGAG